AUGUCGGCCGACCUCUUUGCCGAGUUCGCCAGCUUUUCCGGAACUCCUCAGCAGCAGCAACAGCAGCAGCAGCAGCAGCAACAACAACAAACCACUGGAACACCAAACCCUCAAGCACAACAGCCAGUGAAUGACCCUUUCUCAUUCCUCAGUCCCACUACAUCGCAACAGCCGGCGCAGACUCCAGCGCCAUGGCCAAGCUUUCAGACACAGCCAAGUUCCGGGUUUCAAGGAAACAGCUGGACUGAUGUGGCGGGCAGUCAUACCGCCCCUGCGGCUCAAGCCAAAACCACGUCAACCGCGGAAGACGACGAUGGAUGGGGUGACUUCGAAAUAGCGUCUCCUGUCUCACAGGAACAAGUCCCGUCCCAACCAGUGACGGCUCAGGCAAACAUGCCAGCACCGUCUUCCUUUGACCACUUAUACAAGUCUACGGCCUCUUCACAACCGCCGCCCCAGCCGCCGGCUAUCCAGCGAACUCGCGUUGUUCGCGCAUCGACCAUGGACUUAAUGACCAACAGCCUGGUGGACAUGGGACCUUCACCAGGUCCACGUGUCCAGGCCGCCCCAGCGCCUCCUGUAUGGGAGCAGAAACCUGUGGCUCGGCCAAGGCCCAAGAACACAGACCCGAAUGUGUUGUUUGACGCUGAUGAUUUUGAGCUUGGUGGUGCAGACGACGAUGACGACGACAACGAGGAGGAUGACUUUGGGGACUUCGAGACAGGCACAUCGUCGAACGCAACAGGAGCGGCGGCACCUCCUCCAGCGCCACCUCUAGACCUCAUGUCCUCGGACUGGUCCUCAUCCUUGUCUUCCAAACCAGCACCCAAAACGCAACCUCCCAGUCAACUCAUAUCUACUCUAAGCCUAGACAAUACCAGCUUCAACCAGUACCCCCAAGCCCCCAAGUCGCCUGGGUUCCAAGAGCGCAAUCCUUUCCCUGGCCUUGCGGUAACGACGCCGAAAGCCGAGCAAUUUCCAGUCCCAGCCAAGCCCAAAUCGCCUUCCCCAGUUACUGUCUGGCCUUCGGUGGAGCAGAAGGCAGAUGUCACCGGCAAAGAUGACUGGGCUGCCGACUGGGCUGCCUUCGACGAUCCUGCCUCACAAAAGGGCCAGAAAACCACACCUGCCAAGCAAGAUCUGGGCUGGGAAUGGGACGCCCUCGAUGCCGGUGCCCAGAGCCAAACGUCCACCUCUACGAAACUACAGCAAAAGGCCAAGCCGGCGCCCAAGCCACCGGCCAAGGCCACCGAGCCCGCCGCGGACUGGGGCUGGGACGAAGCGGACGAGCCGUCCGCGGCGUCCGGGCCGGCAGCGGCUCCUACAACCUCAUCCAUCCCCGACGACACGCCCCCGCCGACCAACGUGCCCCCGCCCUCCAUCCUCCUGUCCAUAUUCCCGUCCCUCUUCGACCUGCUGGACAGCGCCAUCUUCGAGCCGACGUCCGCGCAGCCCGCCGCGGUGCGCAACCGGGUCCUCGCCUCGCCCGAGACGGCCGCGUUCCUGGCCGCCUACGUGCUGCUGGCGGCCGUGGCGGCGCGCGUCCUCGCGGGCCGCAAGCUGCGCUGGCACCGCGACCGGUUCCUGGCGCAGAGCAUGUCCAUCUCGGCCGCGGGCGGCAGGGGCGGCGGCAUGAAGCUCGCGGGCGUGGACCGGGCGCAGGCGGCGCGCGAGGACCGCGAGGCGGCCGACGUCGUGGCGGCGUGGAGGAGGCACGUCGGGCGGCUGCGGAGCGCCGUGGCCACGGCCAAGUCGUCGGCGGCAGAGUCUUCGUCGUCGUCGGUGAGCAGCCUCAGGGUGCCCGAGGUGGCCGAGACGCUGCCGGUGCAGACGGCCAAGAUGGUGCCGACGGCGGCCAAGGCGUGCGUAGUCUGCGGGCUGAAGCGGGAGGAGAGGGUCAAGGGCGUGGACUUUGAGGUCGAGGACAGCUUCGGGGAGUGGUGGGUUGAGCACUGGGGGCACAGGGCCUGCAGGAACUUUUGGAUCGAGCACGAGGUCCAGCUGCGAUCCAGAUAG